AAAAACCUUCCCCCCCUUUUUUUUAUUAUUAUUUUGUUUUUUGUUUGCUUAUGCUAAAAGCUUCCACUUCACCCAAUUCCAAUAAAAGCAAAAAACGUCAGUUGUUGUCUUUGAAUAGGCGACACACUGCGACUCUUAGUCAACCACUUCCUAUUACUCUUCCUACUCCAUCUUUUUCUGAUAAUCCAACUACGCCAAACUCUGCUUCGCCUCUUACGGAGACAACUGAUCCCAUAACAACACCAUGUUCAAAAAACGCGACGCCACUUGGUGAUUACAAUUGUCCAUUUUGCAACGAAGAUCUCAGCAAUGUCAAUACUAGUUUUGGUCGACAGAAACAUAUUGAUGAAUGUCUUCUCGCCACCAAUGACAAUAUCAAAGACUAUGAACACGAUGUAGGCAACGAUGAUACCCAGAAUGUGACAUCUUUAUUUUUAGAUUACUGCUCGUUCUGUGGCAAAAGCAUCACACAUUUAUUAGGGAUUCACAAGGAACGCCAUUUUGACAGGUGUCUUACAUCUUUAGAAUUAGAAGAGCGUUUAGCCGAACAACAACAAAAACAAACCACAUUUGCAGGACGAUCGAUACCCUUUCUACAACAACUUGAUAUUUGUCCAGUAUGUCACGACGUAUUAUCUGGCCCAAGUCUACGAACAAAGAUUUCACACAUCAAACGGUGCGCUAAGGAAAGAUCAUUGACAAUGGAACGACUGAUACGAAAACUUCAGUGGAUGCAAUGGGGUCAUAUACCAAUUCAAAAUACACCAAUUCCUUCUUGUUCAACGUCACAACCUUUACCUGCGACAUACUCUAUUCAUGCCACAGAAUCAAUAUCGGACAAUAAGAAGAAGAAUAAAUUAGCAACAACAAGAUCAAAUGACAUCAAGUGUUCCAAACGAUCAACGUCACUUUUAUGGAACGAAACUGAUCAUCAAGAAGGGGACGAUGGCGACUUCAAAAAUGAUGUGCUUAUAUAUAAAGUGGCGUCAUGGCAUCAAACAAAAAUCAAGAAACCUCCAUUAUCUGAAGAUGAAUCUAUGGCUAUAGCGUUGUCAUUGUCAUUACAAGAUCAGCAGCAACCUACUUUGACAGCAAGAAGGAACAAGCGGAAAAAGGUGGAUCAUGACUCCUCGAACAUUAUCUCUAUACAAGAAUCUAAACAAUUGGCAUUCUUGAAUUUGGAACGGAUGUUGGCAAAGCAUACCAUGAAGAAGACCCUUCCAACGAUACAGUUUCCAUUGGUAACCUCUCAAGUUCGACCUUAUAUACCACCACGAUCAAGUGACAAGAUAACAACAACAUCAUCAUCAUCAUCAACCAAGUCAUUAUGGAAUAUGGCUUCUUGUGUAGAUUAGUUUAGUUUAUCUACUUUUUUUUUUUGAAAUAAUAAAAGAAAACUUCACAUGCAUGAUGCUCAUUAA